AUGGUCGGGAAGCGUUGGUUCACGGACUUCCUUACAACCCACCAGGUCGAAGACCGUGGUCUGAGCGGACUCGACAUCGAGACCAAAAUUGGAGGUUGCUCCGCGCUCAUUUCCAAGCUAGUGGCUUUCAUGAAAGACACUGUAUACAAGACCCGUAUCCCUUCUGUCACGAAACGUCGAACUGGUCUCCAGCAUUUCAUGCGCAUGGGAGUUCAACUUUGGAGUCUCACUAUUGACGAACAGCGCAAGGUGCUCUCCCAGGAGGACGCCACGUGCUACGCCGCCUCGGACAGUGACUAUGAAUGGAAAGACCCUGAGCAGCCAUUCAUUGAAGUUGACGACGACAGUGACGAAGAAGAGGAGCAGGACGAGGGCGAGAACGAGACUUAA